AUGUUCUCUGGGGAAAAGCACGACUCAACUUCUGACCUUUCACUGGCGCCACGCGUGGAUUUCUUUCAAACCGCACUCACGUCCGCCUGCCCUGAUCGGCCGGCCGCAAAGACUGCAGGUGAGUCCCCAUUUCUCUGGAGACGACAUACGGCAACACCAGUCCAGUGUCUGAGACACUUUCUUGAUGUGCAUUUAGUCUAG